AUGGGGGUGGUGGACACAGCACAUCCAUCCAGAUCGUGCUCUAUGACAACCACCAGCCCCAAGAGGUCCACAAGCACCCCGGAGUCUCCCACCUGGAGCACCGUGUCCGGGCAGGAGGCCCCUGAUCCCGGCCAAGCUCAUCGGCUCCUGCUGGGCAGCGCCCACUUCCUGCUGCUGGUCUUCCUGAAGGUGCCGCUGCUCCUGGGCAUGCUCGAACAGAAUCCAGCAUUCCAUGGAAAAUCAGAUUAUUCCCUUCCCCACGCCCAGUCAAACUGGCCGUCCCCUCCCUCAUCGCUGCACCGUGAAGAGGCCCCUGCUCGUCACGUGGAUCCAGGAGAGGCCCCAGCAGCCAGGGCCUUCGGGCCCCUGGUGUACAACCGCCCCCUCUGUGCCACUGAUGCGGGAGGCUGUUUGUCCCUGAGUGGCCCCAGCAGAGUGACGGGCAUCGUGGGGGGAUCCCUGAGCGUGGAGUGUCAGUACAAGGAGGUAUUCAUAAACAAUUCCAAAUACUGGUGCAAAGCCCCAUGUCUGUUAUCGGUGGAGAUGGUGGAGACCAGAGAGUCAGAGAGAGAAGUGAGGAGGGGCCGCGUGUCCAUCAGAGACCGUCCUGCAAACCUCACCUUCACAGUGACCUUGGAGAGCCUCAGAGAGGAGGAUGCAGGAAGGUACCGCUGUGGGAUUGAAACAUCAUGGUUUGAAGGAAUUCUUCGAGACUCCACCUUCCAGAUUGAGGUGUUUGUGGUCCCAGCCCCUGCUACAGCCACCGGCCCCGAGAGGUUCACAGGCUCCCCAGGCUCUCCCACGACCCUGCCAGUGCCCACCUGGAGCACCGUGUCUGGUCAGGAGACCCCUGACCCUGGCCAACCUCGGCGGCCCCUGCUGGGCAGCGCCCACUUCCUGCUGCUGGUCUUCCUGAAGGUGCCGCUGCUCCUGGGCAUGCUCGGUGCUGUCCUCUGUGUCCACAGGCCUCUGAGGAGCUCUGCGGACAGGCAGUCAGUCCAUUUAUGAGAACCAGUAGCCCCCGUGUUCAUCGUGUCCUCUUCAAUGAUGCAGUCUGAGCGCAGGAUGGAAACGACCUUCUGUCCAGCUGUCCUGCAUCACACUCCGCCUCUCUCUCAGAACUUCUUUGUAACUUUUUUCCUAGAACAUGGUUCUCAUAAAUCCAAAGUGUAACCUACUCAAUAGGUUCUUCUGAACUCUAACCACAGAUCAACGUUGAGUACGUACCUUCGGGUUAACUCACAGAGCAUCGCUCAUGUACUGACCUACCUCUCGGGCGCUCUCCCUGCGGUCUUCAUCCCCAGGAGUGUGCAAGCCUUCCUUUGGACCUGUGUUGUUGGGGCAGUUCCAUGGUCUCCCCCACCAUCUGUGCUACCACAAUCACUCACCUUCCACAGAGCUCGGCUCCACCGUGGGGAAUCUUCCAGUUGCUGAAUCCGUCUAAUGAAUUCUGCAUGCUGAAGCUCAGGAAAUAACAAUGCAGAAAACUCAUGAGUCCUUUGGGCCCACUGAGACUGAGUUCUGAGUCAAAACUCCAUUGUUCACAGAGCUUCCUAAGCCUCUGCUCUGUCUAAUGGACCAAAGGGCCAUGUUGGGCUUCUGCAAUUGGUGUCAGUUCAGAACAGAAUCCAGAGUUGCCUGAAAAAUUGGUUCUUCCCUCCUCAUGCCCAGUCAGACUGGUUAGUGUGUUCAGGUCCUUUGUGGAUGGCUGGUAGAACAAUAAGAGUACACAGUUUAUGCAAAAUAACAGAGUCCUUCCUUCCUCCUGUUCAAGAGUAACUGAAACCCUUUCCCACCCCAUCAUCCAAGGCCUGUGGUUUUAGACCUGGUUCAAGUUUGGAAAUAGAUUGAGGGGCCAUGACUGUUUCUUCUGUCCAAUAGCCUAGUCUCUCCUACUAAUAGCAACAAAGAAAGGCUUGAGUAGGCUGCCCACCGAUUUCAGUUCAAGGUGUAUCAUGAUGAACUUGUGGGCACCAAACAUCUCCGAAAGGUAGGUUAUCGGCAUGACUCGUCCAUUUGAAGCAGCUGAGCCCGGGGAAUUUCACCAGCUUUUCAUCCAGGAAACGUAUAGAGAUGAACAAAGUAGCAAGCACUAAUUCAGGCAAUGGUUCCAACCAUGAACAAACAGAAAAAAGA